AACACGUUUUGCUGCUUCAGUAUCAAGGUAGACACCAGCCCUAUAGCAGAGAUCUCCGAAAACAAGUUUAUUGUCGUUCGAAUCCAAAGUGAUAACAAAAAUGCUCAAAACGCUGAUAGCUACUCAAGUUGUUUUGAUACUAUUUCAAGUAGCAAUAGAAAAUGGAUCCGUUCUAGCCGAAACACCGAAAGCCUGCUCGAUCAUCGUGAAACGCGCCCAAUGGAACUCCCAGAAGUCAACCAACGUCACCUAUCAAAUCCGUCCAGUUCCUUGGGUGGUGAUCCAUCACACGGUCACACCGGAAUGCAACGAACUGAACGCCUGUAAGGCAAGGGUUCGCUCGAUUCAGGAUUACCACCAGAAGGUCAACAAAUGGAGUGACAUCGGAUACAACUUCCUGAUCGGUAACACGGGAGACGUUUUCGAAGGCAUCGGUUGGCACCGGGUAGGAGCACACACCCGACGUUACAACAGCAAAUCCAUUGGUGUGGCUUUCAUAGGAAACUUCGAACGGGUUUUACCUUCGCCGAAAGCCGUCCAUGCUGUCGCUAAGUUGAUGGAGUGUGGAGUCGAACUUGGUGAACUGGAGCCGGAUUAUAACCUGUAUGGAGCGAGACAGCUCAUCGCAGUGAGCAGUCCGGGAGAUGCGUUGUACGAUUUGCUCCAGGAUUGGGAUCACUACGACUCUUCACCGGUGCUUGAGGAGUAGAGGAAAAUAAAACUCAACUUUUCUAUGUUCAGGGAAUUUUAUUACGUUACUUUACUUCAAGUGUAGCUUUUGCCCAACCUAACUUUGUGAGUUUAGUGACUAACUCGACAGACUCUUAGUAUAGUUACUUUUUGGGCCUGGGAAGAGGCUCCCUCAAGAGUUCUUUGUUCUAAAUUAUAGGUGACCACAUCUUUCAAUUCUUCGGGAAAAAUGAGUUACAAUUACAAAGCGUUUUAGAAAGUUGCGUGUUUCGGUGUGUGUGUGUUUGUGUGAGUGUGU